CUAUUUUCCUUUCUCCGACAACAACAGUAGAUCCUGUUUUCCCCCACGAUGUCAUGUUUCCUCUUUAGUUCCGUUCAAAUCUCUACUUGUUGUUAGGGGUCUUUUGUCUUUGUUUCGUUGUCUUAUUUUGAUGUAAGUCUGCUCUUAAUUUUUUUUUUCUUUCAAAAAUCUAAUUACUGAAUCUGAAAAACGAAUAGAUUGCUCUUAAUUCGUAAUGUUCAACACUGAUCGGUUCGAGUCUAUACUCGAUAGAUCUUAUCUUUGUUUCUUUUUUUGGAAGAUAUAGGGUUUCGAUUUUUCUUGUGGAUUGAGAUUUUAGGGUUUGUCUAAUAUCGUGAUUUAGGGAUUUGAAUUUACUCUUACUAUACGCUUCUAGGGUUUUGUUUUAUAAUAUUGAUUUUGAUUUCUUGCAGUAAUUGUUUACUUGUAAAGAUCUGAUAGAUGGAGAAGGGAGAAUCCACAAGCACGUCUUACUCAGACACCAACAGAUCAAACGAUCAAGACCACGACUUUGAAUGCAACAUCUGUUUCGAGUUAGCUCAAGAUCCCAUUGUUACUCUCUGUGGUCACCUCUUUUGCUGGCCUUGCUUAUACCGUUGGCUUCACCACCACUCACACUCUCAAGAAUGCCCUGUUUGCAAAGCUCUCGUUCAAGACGAUAAGCUCGUGCCUCUCUACGGUAGAGGCAAGAACCAGACCGACCCGAGAACAAAACAAUACCCUGGAAUUAGGAUUCCCAACAGACCAGCUGGUCAGAGACCCGAGACAGCUUCUCCUCCUCAGCCUGAUGCAGCUACUAACUUUUUCAACUACGGUAUUGGUUUGAUGGGUGGGUUUAUGCCAAUGGCGACUACUAGGAUUGGGAAUUUCAGUUUCGGUGUUGGUGGUUUGUUGCCUUCUUUGUUUAACUUUCAGUUCCAUGGUUUCCCUGACGCGAGGCUUUAUGGUAUGGCGCCUGGUUACCCUUUUGGUGGUUACCAUAAUGGUUUUCGUGGUGUUCCUUUUAAUGGACAAGAUGGUAGUAACAAUCAACCAAUGGCUCGUGGAGGAUACCACCAAAGCGAUGCAGCUCUGAAGAAGCUUCUCUUAGUGGUUGCAGUUUGUGUGUUUAUAUUCCUUUUCAUGUAACACAUUUGAGUUCAUUUCAAAGUGUGAUAGUGCCAACUCUCUUGCUUGUAAUUAGCUGAGUAUUCGUUUUUGCUUUGAAGAAGAAACUUGGGUCUAUAAGGCUCUUUAGACAACUCAUUUACAUUUAUUUACUUUUGUGUGUUUCUCUCUUCAUCUUGUGAAAACUAGUUUUUGUGGAAUAAAUGUUACAUAUUGAUGA